GAGUUACUGGUUCUUCUCGAAAGGAAAAGCAUACACAAAUCCAACUCAUCACUACAGCACGAGAUCGCCAGUCGAUACUGCCCAUUGUAUUGAUUUGAAACUUCUCCAAGUCAGAGCUCACGUGUUCGUAGAGAUAGUCGAUAUCUACCGGAAAUAAUACGCUCUUUUCCUUCUUACCACUUUUCGCGCUUACGAGUCUUGACUGACAUCAGUUAUUUCGGCCAAACGUUACCUUUUUCCUUACAUAAUCAAUGGAUUACGAUCAACAGCUAGCGCAACUACAAGAAUUUGAUCAAGAAGUGCUAGCGCAUCCUACCAGUGCCCAGGUUUAUGCGACCAAUGCAUUCCUGGAUGCCUUGACGGAAGUGAUCAACACUGGACUGGCCAAAGCGGACGAAGACGUGCAUUUGAGAACACUCAAAGACGCCAUUCGAGCUUUCGCCACAGUGCUUCCACACAUAUUCAAAACUGUAUGUCAAAAUGAAGCCGAAACACGCAUGUGGCAGACCACGACGGACCUGAUCACUAUCGUACGCGAGCAAUUAUUUGAUCAUCCCAACACCGGUGUCAAGAUCAAUGCGACCAAAUGUCUGCAAGUACUCAUUGUGAUACAGUCACGCAGCGAAAGAACAAGCGUUCACGAUAAGAACGACGUGUCUUUAAGUUUAAUUCGACCAGAUCAUCGUCUUUUAAAUGUAAAAGAAUUGGAACAGAAAGGGCAGGAAAUGUUUAAUAUGCUGGUCGACCGAUUAAAAGCCAAUGACGGCUCGGAGCCCGUUUUAACAGCAACAGUCCAAUCUCUUGUACCGCUGGCGAAAAAGCGAACACAAUUGACGCCGCCCAUAAUGGAAACCUUUGUCGCAUGGUCGAAAACAGUGGCGCCUAGAUGUUCUCCUAUUAUCGCAAGGAACGUGGAUAAGGCAAUCAAACUUGCUUUCGUAGCAAUGAUAAGAUCCGAGCCUUUGGCGAGUUAUCGAACAGAGCUGAUCCAAGCAUUUGGUUCAGUGGGUGGAAAUACAGCUAUGUUUCAAAGUCGACAGGCGCGACUACAAGAACGUGAACAGCGAGAACGCGAACGGCGUGAAGGAAGUCAAGAAGAAACAAAGCGUAAACGUGCCUUGGCAACGGUUGACGGUGGACAGGAAAAAAAAUCGCGAGUUGCCGAAACCACCGCCGCAGCGCCUUCCAACGCUAAUAUACUGGCAAAUUUCGAUGUCACCACAUUACCUUUGCCAAUGGUCGUGGAUAUUUGUCUGGCAGUAUUUCACAGUGUGUCCAUGGAGACUUUGGUACAAAAUAAAGAUUCGUUGGUAUCUUCUUCAGGCCAAUCCGCGUCCCAAGUACCGGAACCAGUGGAGCCUAUGGAAUCCACGACGCCAACUACGACCCCGCCGCCGAUGCCAACAUCCACCGAUCCACUUAUUAAGCAGGAAGAUACGCUGAUGGCAGAUACCAAAUUAUUGACCGUCGACGAAAAGGAUACAAAACGAGUUCCUCUUGCCAGUGUGCAGGAACGUGCAAGCCAAGCUUUAAAAAUGCAGCCUUACGAAUUGGCGGCUCCUAGCUCGCUUUCAUAUGAAGAUCAGCGAAUGAUGUUAAAGUCGACAAUUCAACGUAUUUUUGAAUCGGAAACCAUGCUGCAGCAACAAAUCCCAAAGGCGGUGACAGAGCAGGUGGGAGGACGACCGAUUGAAUGGCGUACACCAGCUAAAACCGUUUGGCUUUUGCUCGUUGCCAAACUGCUCACUCGAGGCACCGUCAUGCCCGCCAAUGGAACCGAGUCAUCUGGUCAGGAAGAGGAUACAGAUAUGACAUCGGCAGCGGAGGAACAGCAUCAAGAAAAUGAUGCCGACGAACUGAAACAAAUGCUUCUUGAUUUUAUCAUUUCUGAUUUUCAGCAAAGACAUGGAUUAGCGUUAGACUGGCUCUACGAAGAAUUCCAAUGUGACACAUUGUAUAAGAAAGGAGAUCCUCACUACAAGGCCUCUUACUUCAAAUGGCUCCACCGGUUACUGGAAGCGGCCAUCGCCAAGUUGGAUAUCAAGGAUAAAUCGCUGAACCGCGUGCUGGCGUCAGCUCCUGCUUUGGAUCAGAAAGUAAUCGAUAUUUUGCGUCAACACAUGGAAGAGGAACCGAGCCAUUUUGUAUGGUGCGUAGCGACGCUGCGUGAUAUUAUUCAGCAAAGACCUCCUGUGCGCGAUCCAUGUCUUGAUGUGUUGUUGAAUCUGUGCAUCAGUGCGGAUGUGAAGACACGAUCAACGAGCAUUGUCGCUGUGAAAAAAUGGGUUCCGGAUCACCCUGUCAUUGCUCGCAAAGUGGAACAAUAUGCUAUCGAGUCCUUACAGGAGUUAAAAACGGCGCAAUUAAAAGAAGUACAAGAGGCACCACAAGACACAGGCGAAGACAGUACGAUGACGGAAGCACCCGAGGAGGAGGCCCAAGGCUGGACGGAACAGGACGUGGUUCGUCAUGCUGAGCUGUAUUUUGCCCUGUGUGUCAAAAAACACGAGUUACUCCAUCAAUUGUUUGAUGUUUACAUCCAUGCUUCCGAUCGCAUUCAACGUCUCAUUCGUCUACACAUAUUUAAUCUCAUCAAAUCUGUUGGCAUGCAAUCCCCCAUCAUCAUUAACCUUGUUAAAGAAUUCCCUCCUGGUGCUGAAACGCUUGUGAUUCGAAUUUUGGUCAUUCUGUGUGACACAGUACGCCCGACACCUGAGCUUGUAUCGGCGGUCAAAUCAGUUUAUCAAGAACGAAGGCUGGAUGCUAAAUUCCUUAUACCUAUUAUAUCGGGUUUGAGCAAGGAGGACAUUCGUCAUAAUUUACCGCGAAUUGUGGAUCUUUUGAAUAAUACUGAAGGUCAACGAAACGUAGUCAAAAAAGUAUUCUCACGAUCGGCAUCGAGUACCAAUAAUGUCAAAGCGCCCAUGUCACCCAGCGAAUUAUUAUUGGCUUUGCAUGAGAUGGAUGAAGACGUACCGUUACCCAAGGCAGUGGAAGCUAUCAAUAUAUGUUUCACCAUGCCCGAAACAUUCGAACCAAAGUUCGUCGCGACUGCGCUUCAACAAUUGAUUGAACGGCCAAGGAUUCCUCUGCUUUUCAUGGUGACGAUGAUCCGCACCGUUUCUGUAUAUAAAAAUCUCAUAAAUGUCAUCUUGAAUCUGCUUCAAAAGCUGAUAUCCAAGCGGGUGUGGACGUAUCCAAAACUAUGGGAUGGUUUUGUAAAAUGUGUCGAGAAAUCACUGCCAGACUCGGUCAAAAUAGCGGUUCAUUUACCAAAAGAGCAACUUCAAGAAAUCCUGACAAAGGUACCGAAGCUUCAGACGCCGUUACGUGAAUUUGCAGAAAAGAAUGGCAAGAUGGCGGUACUUGUGAAAACCAAAAAAGAAAGGAAAGGACCAAGACGGUGAAGGCAUCGUCUGACCCGUUUCUUAAUGGGUGGUUAUAUAAAUAUACAUAAUGUAUCAUAUAAAUCAUGGAUCUUUGUGAUGGACCU